CACUUAGGCUUUAAUUGUUUUAGAAUGUAGAAAACCCGCUUUCAGUGUCUUCCGUUGCGGCAGAGGACAAAGGUAUCUCAGACUUACCAGUGCCACGCAAAAUCCAUCAAGAUGUCCUUCCUGGAGUUUUUGCUGCUCCUGCUGGUUCUCUACUAUGUGGGCUAUGUCCUGCUUUGGAUAUUACUUGACUGUAAUGUUGCCCUUUGGUACAAAUCCCGCUUCGGAGUCUCCUUAUCAUCAAUGCGCGGUCAAGUGGUUUGGAUAACAGGUGCAUCAAGUGGAAUUGGCCGGGCACUAGCCGUUAGUUUGGCAAAACAUGGAGUGAAAUUGGUACUCAGCGCUCGCAGGUUGGAUCAAUUAGAGAAAGUUCAAGAAGAAUGUCUGGCUGCAGCUAAAGGAUUACUGGCCACUAAGGAUGUGCUAGUCAUACAAAUGGAUAUGCUGGAAUUAAAUCAGCAUAAAACACAUCUCAAUAAGGUGCUCAAUCAUUUCCAUAGACUGGAUGUGCUGGUAAACAAUGCUGGUAGAUCCCAGCGUGCCUGUUGGACCGAAAUCGAGAUUGAAGUUGAUCGGGAGCUCUUCGAACUGGAUGUCUUCUCUGUGGUUCAUCUUAGUCGCUUGGUGGUGCGUUACUUCGUGGAACAGAAUGGCGGUAGAGGUCAUCUGGCUGCCACUUCUAGCAUCGCUGGCUUCAGUCCAAUUCCAUUUUCACCCACCUAUUGUGCUGCCAAACACGCUUUGAAUGCCUAUUUGUUUUCCCUGAAAGUGGAAAUGCGCAAGCUGGAUGUAUCCGUCUUUGCACCGGGACCCAUUGCCACAGAUUUCCUGCAGGAAGCCUUUACGGGCUCGCAGGGCGAUAAAGUGGGUCAAAGUACAGCCAAUCAAAAACGUAUGACACCCCAGAGAUGUGGAGAUCUUUUUGCCGUUGCUCUGGCCAACAAAAUGGAUCUCACUUGGUGUGGCCUUUUCCCGGUCAAUCCAAUGGCAUAUUGUGCCAGGAAUCCCACAUUGACCAAGAUCGUGGGUCAGUUAAUGACCGAAAAAACGCUGAACAAGAUUCGCGAGGGCAAAUUGUGAGAAGAUCUUUCAUUCGCCUCGCCCUUGCCCUCUCUUUCUCUCAGGUUCUCAAUCAUCUUUUAUACUAUUAUACGAUGUUUAACUAUAUAAAGAAAUAAACAUAUAAAUAUGUACUCAA